UGGGGAAUUCAGGCUAUCUCUGAACCCGCGAUAUGGAUGCAUUGACCUAUGAUGAGGUGCAUGUACACUUCACUCGGGAGGAGUGGUCCUUGCUGGAUGCAUCUCAGAAGAGACUUUACAAAGAUGUGAUGAUUGACACAUGCAGGAACUUCAUUGCUAUAGGAUACAAUUGGGAAGACCAUAAUAUUGAAGAAUAUUGUCAAAGUGAUAGAAGACAUAUAAGUUUGUCUGCCUACAUGCCAUGUAGGUCAUCUGUUUGCCUGCCUCAUGGGCCGGGAGGAUGUGUUGGAGAUGCGAGCUGCAAUGAAAACAGCAUUCUUCUUGAAGAAACAAGCAAAGACCACCUUCUUCAGCUGUCAGGACAUCUAGGCCCCAUCCGUUCUGAAGCACCACGGCUGCCAAAGAAUCGAUCUGCUUCUGGACAGCAUGCAAGAAAUCCUGUUGGGGAGAAACCUUAUGAAUAUACACAAUGUGAUAAAGCCUUCAUAUGUCAGAGUCAUCUUCAAAACCAUGAAAGAAUUCAAAGUCAAGAGAAAUCCUCUGAAGGUUUUCAACAUAGUGAAGUCCUUGCAUGUCAUAAUAGUCUCCAAAUACAUAAAAGACCAGAUACUGGAGGGAAAACCUACAAAUGUAAUCAAUGUGAUAAAGCCUUUUCACAACCCAGUAAACUUCGAGUACAUAAGAGAUCACAUACUAGAUGGAAACCCUACAAAUGUAAUCAGGGUGGUAAAGCCUUUUCACAACCCAGUAACCUUCAAGUACAUGAGAGAACACAUACUGGACAGAAACCCUAUGAAUGUAAUCAGUGUGGUAAAGCCUUUACAGAACCCAGUAAACUUCGAAUACAUGAGAGAAGACAUACUGGAGAGAAACCCUAUGAAUGUAAUCAGUGUGGUAAAGCCUUUGCACAUCGCAAUACUUUGCGCUUGCAUAACAGAACACAUACUGGAGAGAAACCCUAUGAAUGUAAUCAAUGUGGUAAAGCCUUUCCACAUCAAUCUACUUUGCGUUGGCAUAAAAGAACGCAUACUGGAGAGAAACCCUAUGAAUGUAACCAGUGUGAUAAAGCCUUUUCAUACCAGUCUUAUUUGGUCUUGCAUAAGAGAACACAUACUGGAGAGAAACCUUAUGUAUGUAAUCAAUGUGGUAAAACCUUUGCACAAAGAUCUCAUCUCCAAACACAUAAAGUAAUGCAUACAGGUGAGAAACCAUUCAAGUGUAAUCAAUGUGAUAAAGCCUAUACACAACAGAGUCAUCUCCGAAUACAUGAAAGAACACAUACUGGAGAGAAACCUUAUAAAUGUAAUCAGUGCAGCAAAUCAUUUGCAUCUCACAGUCAUCUUCAAUCUCAUGAAAGAAUUCAUACUGGAGAGAAACCUUACAAAUGUAAUCAAUGUGAUAAAACAUUUGCACAACGUUCUAGUCUCCAACUACAUAAAAGAACACAUAGUGGAGAGAAACCCUACAAAUGCAAUCAAUGUGAUAAAGCCUUUGCACAAAGCAGUAGUCUCCAAUCGCAUAAAAGAACACAUAGUGGAGAGAAACCUUAUGAAUGUAAUCAGUGUGGUAAAGCCUUUUCAUAUCACUCUGCUUUGUGUGUGCAUAAAAGAACACAUACUGGAGAGAAACCUUAUGAAUGUAAUCAAUCUUUUAAAGCUUACACACUUCACCAUCAGCUCCAAAACCAUAAAAAGUUUCAUACUGAAGAUGCCCUAUGAAUGUAAUCACUGUGGUAAAGCCUUUGAAAAUCAAAAUAAUCUACUGAAACAUAAUCAAUCUGGGAGAGGAACCCUAUGAAGGUAUUUAGCAUGGUAACAUCUUUGCAUAUUUCUCUAGACUUCAUCACUAUGAAAAUACUCAUACUGUACAGAAACCAUAUGAACAUAAGAAAUGUAGUAAGGUUUUUGGACAUCAUAGUGAUCUCAUGUGGAAAAGAAUAUAUAUUAGAGAUAAAUCGUACAAGUAUGGUAAAAGUGAUAAAUCCAUUUCACAACAUAAUUAUCUCUGAAUACAUGAAAGAAAACAUUGGUGAGAAACACUAUGAAUGUAAUCAAUGUGGGAAACCCUUUUCAUAACACUAUCAUCUUUGAAUAAAAGAACACAUACUAGAAAGAAACCUUAUGGAGGUGAACAAUGUGAGAAAGGCAUAAAACCAUUCAUACUGGAGAGAAACACUACGAAGGUAUUCAAUAUGGAAGUCUUUGCAUGUCACUGUUAUCUCCAGGUUCACAAAAAAUAAUGCUGGAGAGAAUACUUCAGAGAACACAUACUGAAGAGAAACCCUGUGAAUAUAAGCAAUGUGGGAAAGCCUUUACAUAUUAUAGUCCAUGUUAAAUAUGUAAAUAUAUAUAUAUUUAUAUGUACAUAUACAUAUAUGAGAGCCUUGUUAUACUGAAAUCCAAUAUUUAAAGGUUCUUUUUUUUCUUUUAUAUAUGUAUAUAUAUAUAUAUAUAUAUAUUUUUUUUUUCAAAACAAGAUUUCUCUGUAUAGUCCUCCCUGUCCUGGAGCUCACUCUGUAGACCAGGCUGGCCUUAAACUCAGAAAACCGCCUGCCUCUGCAUGGCAGAGUGCUGGGAUUACAGGCAUGUGCCACCACCGCCCAUCUUCAAAAAUUCUUAAAUGAAUGUAACUGGUUCCCUCUGGGUUAAGCACAAUGACCAUCACUCAAGUCAAAUAGGUUGAACAUAGUAGGAAAUCUAUAUGAAAAAAUCGUGCCUACAAUUCUUUUCCUUGGCGCAGUGGAACUGUCAACACUUAGCUACUAUGGUGAUAAUAUCCUUGGUGAUGUAAGAAACUUUGAAGUCUGCUUAGCCCACAGGCCUGUGUGUAUCAGAGUGAAAUGGUCCUGUAGUUCAUGAGUCCCAAAUUUGGGUAUCUCAGUUGACAGCAAGCAUAAUGACUUGCUGCUUAUUUCAUGUCUGAGGCAUGGUGAGAGCUUAGUAGCUAAGAGCCCUUGCUGUUCUUUGAGAAGACCCUGAUUGAGUUCCUACCACCCCAACAUUUGGUUCGUUUCUCUAAACUACCAGAAACCCUCAAAUCCAGGGGAUCCUGAUUCCCUCUUCUGGCAUCUGAAGGCAUUGCACUGACAUCUGUACAAGUCUAAAUACAGAUGUAUAAAAUUUGAUGCUAGGCAUGCUGGUACAUUACUAUAAUCUCAGCAGGCAGGCAGAUCACUAUGAAUGCGAGUUCAGCCUUGGUAGACAAAAUAAUUUGAAGAAAUGAGUUUGUUGCCAUUAAAACGUCACAACAAAAUAAAAGGAUUUUUCAUGG